AAAGGAAAACGAUUGUACAUUUUAAUUCCUAAUUAUGUACUUUACUUACUAAGUACUUCGUAUAUUUUAAAUAAUACCUGUGCCAACAUGGAUAAAGCAAGUCCAGCUAAGCGGAUAAAGUCAUCUGAUUUACUGGAAAAAUUUAAAAACAAUAGAGAAAAUACAGCUGAAUCUAUUCUGACAUUUAAUUUUAACAAAAAACGUGUUCGACUGUUAAGUAACUUAAAUGAUGUUAAAGAUGGAUGUAAGGGGAUUCUGUACUGGAUGUUUCGUGAUGUUAGAGUGCAAGAUAAUUGGGCUCUUCUCUUUGCCCAAAGAACUGCAUUAAAAAAUAAAGUACCCUUCCAUAUAUGCUUCUGUAUAAUGCCAAAGUUCCUAGAGGCUUCAAUGAGACACUAUAAGUUUCUUUUACAAGGAUUACAGGAAAUUGAAGAAGAAUGUAAAUCAUUAAAUAUAAAUUUCCAACUUCUGUAUGGGGAGCCAAAUGUCGCCAUUGUUAAAUUUGUAAAAAUGUAUAGAAUAGGUGCUAUAAUUGCAGACUUUCAUCCUUUGAAAUUACCAAUGUCAUGGAUUAGCGAUGUACAAAGUAAUCUUCCAGAUGUGCCUAUUUGUCAAGUGGAUGCACAUAACAUUGUACCAUGUUGGGAAGCUUCACAAAAGCAGGAAUUUUCAGCUAGAACAAUUAGAAAUAAAAUAAAUACAAAAUUAGAAGAAUUUUUAACAGAAUUUCCACCUGUUGUAAAACAUCCGUAUUUAACAGAAGAAAAAUUUGGAAAGAAUAAUUGGAAAAUGGCUUUGAAUAAUGUAGAAGUAGAUGCAUCAGUAUGUGAAAUCAUAUGGGCAAAGCCAGGAUAUAAAAAUGGUAUUAAAGAGUUUGAAAAUUUUCUACAAAAUAGGUUAAAAAAAUAUGCAAAUGAACGUAAUGAUCCUUUGUCAAAUGCCACCAGUAAUUUGUCUCCUUGGUUUCAUUUUGGCAUGAUAUCUGUACAACGUUGUAUUUUGGAAAUACAGAACUACAAGAAACUGUAUUCAAAAUCAGUUGAAUCAUUUAUGGAGGAAGCUAUUAUUCGGCGGGAACUUAGUGAUAAUUUUUGUUUCUAUAAUGAAAAUUAUGAUCUUGUUGAAGGUGCCCAUGCAUGGGCAAUAGAGACAUUAAACAAACACCGGAAAGAUAAAAGAGAAUACAUAUACUCUUUGAAUGAGUUGGAAAAGUCUGAGACACAUGAUGAUUUAUGGAAUGCGUGUCAAAAUCAGAUGGUGACAACAGGAAAAAUGCAUGGAUUUUUGAGAAUGUAUUGGGCAAAGAAAAUAUUAGAAUGGAGUGAAACUCCUGAAAAUGCUUUACAGUCGGCUAAUUAUUUAAAUAAUAAAUAUAGUAUAGAUGGUUGUGAUCCUAAUGGCUACAUAGGUUGUGCAUGGUCCAUAUGUGGCAUUCAUGAUCAUGGUUGGUCAGAGAGACAGAUAUUUGGAAAAAUAAGAUACAUGAACUAUGAGGGGUGCAAACGAAAGUUCGAAGUUAAAAAAUUUGUUUCUCAGUGGGAAAAAAAGGAAACUGAUAACAAUGUAUCGAAAUAAGAUA